AUGUCAUUCGCAAAUAAAGAAAACCCAAAGAUCGUCGUUCUUUUCGAUGUUGACGGAACUUUAACCCCAGCUAGAUUGGAAAUCUCUGAUGAAAUGAGACAAACCUUGAAAAAAUUAAGAGAAAAGGUUGUUAUUGGAUUUGUUGGUGGUUCCGAUCUUUCCAAGCAAGUUGAACAAUUAGGACCAAAUGUUUUACAAGAUUUCGACUACUGUUUCUCCGAAAAUGGUUUAACUGCUUACAAGUUAGGUAAGGAAUUGGCGCUGCAGUCUUUCAUUGGUUGGAUCGGUAACGAAAAGUACAACAAGUUAGUUAAGUUCAUCUUAAAGUACCUUGCUGAAAUUGACCUCCCAAUUAGAAGAGGUACUUUCAUCGAAUUUAGAAACGGUAUGAUCAAUGUCUCACCAGUUGGAAGAAACGCUUCUACACAGGAAAGAAAUGAAUACGAAGCUUACGAUAAGGAACACAAAAUCAGAGAGAAGAUGGUCAGUGCCUUAAAGGAAAACUUUGCUGAUUUCGGCUUGACUUACUCCAUUGGUGGACAAAUCUCUUUUGAUGUUUUCCCAACUGGUUGGGAUAAGACUUAUGCUUUACAACACAUUGAAGAUGAACAUUUCCAAGAAAUCCACUUCUUUGGUGACAAGUCUUACAAGGGAGGAAAUGAUUACGAAAUUUACACUGACCCAAGAACCAUUGGACAUGCUGUUAACUCUCCAGAAGACACAAUCAGAAUUUUGAAUGAACUUUUUGAUUUAAAAUAA